UCCACUUCCGGCCCAGCCCCCAGCGACUCCAGAGGCGGCGCCCUGGUGGCUCCAACACGUGUAGCUGUUUCCCCGAAUCCCAGGGCCCCUUUUGCAGCACGAUGCAGCAGGCCGUAGAACGAGCUCUGGACCGUGCGGACUAUGUCAUCGCGAGUGCCCAGCAGAGGCCUCCUAAAAGGAAAUGCUCGUCGAGUGGGGCAGCCUCUCUGUUUGAAAAGCUCUAUGACAUCUACGUGGAAGAGUGUGGGAAAGAGCCCGAGGCUACGGAGGAACUGAGAAGCAACGCGAACUUGUUAGAGAAGCUGGUUAGGAGAGAGUCGUUGGCGUGUUUAGUGGUCAACCUACACCCAGGAGGGGAGGGAUAUUCGCUGAUGCUGGAGGGGAAGCAGGGCUCCUGCUCGGAGACCAUUCGGCUGCCUUACGAGGAAGGCGAGCUGCUCGAAUACCUGGAUGCUGAAGAGUUGCCUCCUGCCCUGGUGGAUCUCCUGGAACAAUCUCAGGUUAACAUUUUCCACUGUGGGUGUGUCAUAGCACAGGUACGGGACUACAGGCAGUGCAGCCACGGGGAGCCUGCCGGCUACCAGACCAGGCACGUUCUCCUGCGCCCCACGAUGCAGACCUUAGCCUGCGACAUGCAGUCCAUAACCAGCGACGGCCAGCAGUGGACCGAGGAAGAGAAACUGUUGCUUGAGAGCCAGCUGAUCUUGGCCACCGCCGAACCCCUGUGUCUUGACCCUUCUCUGUCAGUAGCCUGCGCUGCAAACAGGCUGCUCUAUAACAAGCAGAAGAUGAACACUCGCCCGAUGAAAAGGAGCUUCAGGAGGUAUUCCGCACCCUCUCUGACUCGCCAGCAGGAGCUGUCUCAAUGCCCACCUCCUCCCGAGCUGGGACUAUGGGCCUCUUGCAAAAAAAGCAGACAAAGCCAAGCCGGGCAGCGGUACGACCUCAAGAUUUCUAAAGCAGGGAGCUGUGUGGAUCUGUGGAAACGGAGGCCCUGUGACUUGGCCGUCCCUUCUGAAGUGGAUGUGCAGAAAUACGCCAGAGGGAAGAGGCCGGCCAGAUGCCACGUCUCCCCUGCAGGGGUCUGGCCAGCCCCCGAGGUAAGAGACGAUGGUGUGUUUGGCUAUGAAGGCGGCCGUGAGCCUCAGACAACGGAGCCGGCCUCCACGCAGCCGCCGAGCAACCCACCUUUCUGUGGACAGAGAAGGCCCUGGCACAGAGCCGGCCGUGAGCGACCGACGUCUCCUCCGCGCUCGGCCACAGAUGGCCGUCCGAACCGCGUCCCGCCCGAGUCCAAGGCUGACGCCGGGAGGCUAGUCGUUCGGCCGGAGGCGGUGGGCCAGCAGAAGGCCCGGGGCCCGGCCACCGCGUGGUCACCCGGCCCCAGCGGCUCAGCCGGCCCCGGCGGGCCUCCUCCCGGGAAACCAGCGCAACAGCCGACGACGACGACGACGACGACGACGACGACGGCGGCGGUGUCGGUUUGGUCUCCAGUCCUGGGGAAGGGCGUCAGACACCCACCUCUGCGCAUCAGACUUCCCUGGAGCUCAGGAGAGAGCUGGCCAGGUGACAGUUUUCCUCCAGGGGAGGAGGCCAGCAGCUUCCUUCAGUCGCCACCUCCCGCUCCUGCUCCGGCGCCACCCAGUCUUUCCCAGAAACCCUCCGUGGGCCUGCCUGGAGUUAGCCCGCUUCCCGCAGCCGCCCUGUCCACCGGCAGCUCCUCGCAGGGGACCCUGGCGCCCAGGGUCCCUGCCGACUCCCAGCCGCCGCCCGGGGAAGCGAUCCGAGUUCGCGCGCUUCCCGCGGCCGCCCUGGCCGCCCCGGUCUCGGCCUGGGCCGGGGCCUCGGCCUCGGCCAACUCCCAGCGGCCCUCUGGGGAGGCCGACUCCCCGCCGCCGCCGCCUGGGGACGCGAUCCGAGUUCGCGCGCUUCCCGCGGCCGCCCCGGCCGCCGCCAGCUCCUCACAGAGGCCCCCGGCCGCCCGGGUCUCGGCCAAGUCCCAGCCGCCGCCUGGGGAAGCGAUCCGAGUUCGCGCGCUCUCUGCAGCCGCCCUGGCCGCCGCCAGCUCCUCACAGAGGCCCCCGGCCACCCCGGCCACCCCGGCCACCCCGGCCUCGGCCAAGUCCCAGAAGUCCGCUGUGGAACUGAUUCGAGUCAGCAUGUUUCCUGCAGGCGCUUUGCCCACCGCCGGCUCCUCAUCAAGAACCACGGCCACCCCGGUCACGGUCAAGUCCCAGAAAUCCUCUGUGACUCAGGACGCUGGAGUUAGCAGGCUGCCCACGACCACCCUGUCCCCCGCCAGCUCCUCCCAGAGCAGCCCGGCCACCCCGGUCACGGCCACGUCCGCCGGCCGCAGCGUCGUCGUCCAAGCGGCGGGCCCUGGCGGCCGAGCCCAGGCUGUGGCGGGGGCCUGCAGCCCCAGGCAGGGCUCUACCGCCGGCUCCGCGGCUCCUGCGGCAAGUAAGCCCAGCAGCGCGCCCUCGGGAGCUCGGCCACCAGAGGCAGUGUCCUCUGCGCCGCCGGUCCGCGUUCAGUUUUUCUUAAAAAGCGCUUCAGGCCUCAGGCCAGUGACUCUCCUGGAGCUUCGGCAAGAUUCGCUCCUUCUGAACGCCGGGCAGCAGCCAGAGCAGAAGGUCUAUCAGCUGAUUCCCCAGGACCGACUCCAGCAAGCCCUCACUCCCGGCCCUCCGCAGCCAGUGCCACAGGGGUCAAGUGCGCAAGGUGCGGCGAGUCCAAGAGCGGCCUCUUCUGCUCAGCCAGCCGUGCUCGUGAAGUUCGGUGCAGAAGGCAGUUUGCCGCAGCCCCAGGCAGCGGUGUCGGCGCUGGCACAGCUCGGCUCUGCAGAGAGCCAGAGAACACCCGGGCAGAGCCAGCCUCGUCCUCUGCAGGCACUGCAGCUGUCCCCUGCGUCGUCGUCGCAGCCCCAGCCCCAGCCCCGGGCACCCACCGUGCUCCGUUCUGGUUCCCGCAGCUGGACCGCCUCGGGUACCUGGGUGAAGCGGCAUCGCGGGGCAGCCGUGUCCUUUGGUGACUGGCUCACUCCGCGCAGCCACAUCGCUUCCAAGGCUAAUCAGCUGGCAAUGAACCGGAGGAGCCGGCACAGGUGCCUAGCGACGGAACGCCAGGAGGAACGCACCUGCGGUCAAGACCAGGCCGCUGCAGGUCUCUGGCUGCAGCUUGGAAGAGCCCACUCUGGGAACCACGGGGCAUGGCAGGAAGGGGUGGGGAGGGGUUGUUGCAGGAUUUAG